CAGACACUCCCGCUGUGGAUUGUUGCUGUGAUUCUAGCUAGAGUCGAAAUAGGAGUUCCAAACAGGCGUCGAGAUGCUAAGAACCUUUAUUUACAGCUCGGCAAAAGCUCCAAGAAACGACAGUAAGAGAGUUAAGUACAAUGACUUCUUCUCGGAUCAGAUCCCGGUUUUCGUUGGCUAUCUGAUAUUGGCUAUCGCUGUAAUUGGACUUGGUGAGGAAUUAUUUGAGGUUGGAGACGUCAGUUGUUUGUGCCCCGCUGCUUUCAGUCGCGACCAGGUUACUUUCGUCAACAGAUAUUGCGCAAAGACGACUCGUACAGCUGAAUUGGUUCCGUUCUUGUUGCUUGCAGAAGGGUUAUUCAUUUUGCUACCGCAUUUGGUAUGGAAACGGUUAAAUCAACCAAUACUAGAGCAGUUCUUCUCAAUGGCCUUUACCAUUGAUCGGUACAGAGACAAACAAACUGGGCUAUUUUCAGGGGACACAAUAGAAACAGUGAGGUGUCUGCAAAGCAAAUUCUCUAACACCAGAAAUUUAGUGUUGAGGUACCUGGUAAAGAACUUCUGUCAAGUUUUAGUAGGAUUGAUAUGUCUCAUUGUAUCUGGGUUGGUGUAUAUCAACGGAAACUUUGAAGAACUAUUUGAGUGCGAAUUUGUUGGUUUUUCUGAUUUACCAAAUUGGUUUUUAGCUGAAAUCUCGGGAGUGGUAUGUACCAACUUCAGUGAUUUUAACAGCAGUGAUAGUGUUUUGCCAGAUUUGCCAAAUACCAACCUUACGCUCAAACUGUCUACAAAUAUCACGAGGACUUGCUUGGAUAAACCGUUUCAGUUUCGUUGUACAUUUGAAGAUGCUACCUUUCUCGGCUGGCUGCACACGGCUAAUUAUUCUAUUCUUCUGUUCAUAUUUUUUGUGUGUCUAUACAAUUGUAUACCGGUUUGGUUCAUAGUGCGUUUCAAUGAUAAUAUUCAAAAGAUAACGUGUGGGAACGUAUAUGAUCUUCAUUGGCAUGACCUUGACUAUGAAAUAAAAGCAAUGGUUUUCUAUUAUGUUUGUUCUCGUCAAGCAGAAUGGAAAGAAAAGAAACGGCUCCGGUUUUUCUGGAGUGAUCUAUACCUAAUGGUUAUGAUGCUGUUUGCAAAUGACGAAGGGUAUGGUACCACGUUUUGUGAAGUGCAGUUUGAUAUAGAACUGCACAGCUUGUGGGAAAAAGACUAUAAAGAGUACGUUACAUUUCAAAAUCAAUUGCUUUUGUUAAGUGACUGUUCAGAUUGGGAUUAUCGCACGGAGAAAUUGAAAGAAAUUCUAGAUCCUGACAACGACGCGUUUUUCCAAUAUGAUGCCUCUGCUCAAAGAUCUGGCGCUAGUGAAUAUGAAGAUAUCUUUUCUCAAACAACUAAUAAUUAUGAGAAAUUUGCUAUCUUUUCUACAAAGCUUGGUUUUUGGCAUCUUAUUCACACUCUUGCUAAAAGGAAAGAUAAAUGUUAUUAUAAAUGUGGUUUACAUCUUUUCUGCGGCAGCAGAGGAGCUACACUAAAUUUGUCCUACCUUUGUCGCUUCCUGGUCUCUGUUGACUUUAACACAAAUUUUGAUCCUCCACAAAGUUCUAAGCGAUCACCCGAUCAGGAUGCAUUUCCUACAGUGGCGUCGUUACGUGACCAAGAACAAGCAACUCUGAUGACUUCUACCAAAGAGGAAACAUUGUUUCGAGAAGAUUUCGGUGCUUUGCAGAUAUUUACCGUUCCCGACACAAUUAUGAUGGCAAGAGAUGCAUCAAGAUUGUUAGUGUUAUUGGAACAAUUGAAAACGGCACCAACAUCACGAAAUUCGAAAUACGAUUUUGUUGUAGUGUCUCGCUUGGAACCUCCGGACAGGAUAGCCACCACUCAAACCGUUCUUCUUAACAUGGCGGACUGCUUUCAUGAUGAUUGCAUCUUUCUCUUCUUUUGUCCAGACGAGAUAACUUUAAAGAAAAUUGUCAAACCAAUUCAAUUUUUGAAACCAUUACAUAAAACUAAUAUUCAAAAGUUUGGCAACCGGUAUGCUGAAAAAAACGUAUGCUUUCGCACGUACAAGAUGGAUCGAAACAACGCUUUUCUUAGAAAUAGACGUCAAAGCGGACAAAGAGCUUCAACUGCUCAAGUCAAUGCGACACUUUAGAAACACGAAUACGCACUUUGAAUUGAUUAGUGCGGUGUAGUUGCAUUUUAGGAACAUAUAUAUCUAGCUAUGAAUCUGCUGCGGUAUGCUGCAUGAUUAGACAAAGUUUGCGUUUUGUUUUGACUUUUCAUUACAGAAUCAUUGCUGA